AUGGAACGUGGUGGUGAUGAGUUCCUUCGUUUUCACAAGCUUGCAAAAUCAAGUUCCGGUUCGAGUAUAACUCGACAUGGGAACUCUUCUAACUUCAGCAGCAAUGGCAGCAACACCAACUCCGAUAUCACACCACCGCCGGUGGUGUGCGAACAGGAUCAAUUCAUGCCGAUAGCCAACGUGAUCCGCAUCAUGCGCCGCAUGCUCCCACCGCAUGCCAAAAUCUCCGACGGUGCCAAAGAUGCCAUCCAAGAAUGUGUCUCGGAGUUCAUCAGUUUCAUCACCGGUGAAGCCAACGAGCAUUGCCAGCUUGAGCACCGCAAGACCAUCACCGCCGAUGAUCUGCUUUGGGCCAUGGAAAAGUUAGGUUUCGACGACUACAUCGAGCCCCUCAGCGUUUUCUUGGUCCGGUACAGAGAGGCCGAGAAUGGCAGGACUUCACUGCCUGGUGAACCCACCUUGAAACGUGGGAUCGACCAGGGACCGAUGAUCAUUCCUCCAUUUAACAGCUCGGCUUUCCAGGCGGGAUUUUGCCAUGGGUUUAUGGAUGCCACCACCAAUGACAUCGCAGGUGGAUACAAUCGAGAUGCAUCGGGUACUGCUGCCGCCGCCGCCGGAUCAUCUUCUCAGGCUCCGACAAACAACUUCGAUCCAUUUAGUCUGUUCAAAUGAGCUGAGAUGAACUAAAACGGCAAGCA